GAAUAAGAAGAAAGAGAGCGAGAGAGAACUCGGUACGGUUGAGCAGAUCCCAAACCGGGGGAUAGUGUCAUACGCCAGCAUACCAGAUUCGCCAUUAGGUCCUUGCCAAGCCAAAGUGACAGUGGGCUCUUUAUCCGUCGAUAUCGAAUCGUUUCACGGGAUUCCGUACCGUCCAGAAGGUUGACUCCGGCGGCACAGGUAGGCAUGCUUACUUUUCCCGUUCCGGUGUAGACAGAAAAUAUUGAGUGUACUGUUUCUGUGUGAGUGUGUGUGUGGGUGUGCGCGCGGUUGUGCAUGUGUUACUAAAGCUCCCAAAACACAUCCAUCCGUCACUAGAGUGAAGUGGCAUAUCAUCAUCAUGGCGCUCAACGGCAGCAGUAAAGGGCGCGCAUUGAAGUAAAGUGGCGUAAUCGAGGUCUGGAGGAUCGAUCAGGAAUGCAUUAGUGUGUCUAUUUACCGCUAGUGCCUGCAUGUGUCUGUGUGUCCGUGUAACGGGAUGUGUGUGUGUGUGUGCAAGUGUGCGAGUGUGCCUAUGAGCGGUUCUAGCGGCCAGUGAGUAAAAGAAACAACGAGGUACGGCGCGAAUUGGCACAAGCAAUGUGAUCUACUGCUUCCCGUGUACGAUGCGCUCGCUGAAUGUGUUAGUCGUAUGGUGGUGUGGGCUCACCGUGGGAUCUAAAAGCUGUGCAGUGUGACGGCACACCGUGCAACAACGUGGCACCGAGGAAAAUUGCAUUCUGGCAAAAGCGAGUGAAAAAAGUGCACUGUUGUUACUGAGGCGCUUGGGCACACACGACGAGGUACACGAGGUCCAGCUUCGUCUCGUGUGCUGGCAGUGCAGAGAAGAAAAUUGCACCGCUAGAAUGCGAGUUGUGCAUGCAGUGGUGCAGCAGCGGUGGAGAUAGCUGCAAUUCAUCAUCGUUGCACAUGGGCGAAAUGCGCUCCAGCGAGUUGUAUACACCUGAUGACGUUAUCUUUUGAUCACGUUAGGAGGCAAAAAAGCGAAGCGAGCAAAGAAAUACCCGGGCUGUGUGGUGGCCGUACCGGGUACGUGAAGACAUACGACUGUGCGACGAAACAACGAACGAACCGGCCACCGGCGACGUCCUCGGCACAAAUUGAAUCAAGAUCGACUUUCACGGUCCUGCAGCCUACGGCCCGGAUGAUUGCUUGUUUACCCCAUCGGAUGGACGUCGGCAGAGCUCGGCGGCGGCGCGGCACGGCAGGAUAAAGGAGGCAGGCGUGAAACCCAAUCACUAAUGUACGAUCGGGGUGAGGCAGGGACCGACCGAAGCACACCACAAAUCACGCACACCACCAUCGGCAGUAACACAUACACAAGCACACAACAAAAAAAAUCGAAAGCAAAAUAAAUAACAGGACCGCGCCGCGCACGGAAUUCCGGAGUCCACCCGCACCGAAAGCCAUCGAAAGUCGUCGCAUCGCAUCAACGUCAACGGACGCUGUCGCAGUCAGCGAAACACACAGUGAAUAAAAACCGACCAAACCACCCCCCGCCAACGGCCGCGAACAUAAUCCGAAAUCGAUCGGCCACCAAAAUAAUAAAAAGCCAAGUUUGGCACGGCACGGGCCACCAUCCGACGGACGUGGCCUCGCGCAAAAGUACUCGCGGCACGUAGGCGGGCGAACGGGCGGGCAGGCACGGUGGUGGUGGUAGAGAUUAUCAUAAAAUUAAAUCAAACUCGGCUCAACUUACUUACUCGGUCGGAAUCUCGCUCUGCCCCGUGGCCAUGUAUCCGUCGUCGCUAGUGUUGGUGCUGAUAUUUGCUCAAAUCGUGCUGGUGUUCGUUGGGGACCGGGGUGCGACCGGUUCGCGGCCCGGCUCCAACCACCGGCUGGACGUGUACAUAGCGGGCUUCUUCCCGUACGGCGAGGGCGUUGAGAACGGAGAAACGGGGCGCGGAGUCAUGCCGAGCGUGAAGCUGGCGCUCGACCACGUCAACGAGCACUCGACCAUCCUGCGCAACUAUCGGCUGCACAUGUGGUGGAACGACACGGAGUGCAAUGCGGCCGUGGGCAUGAAAUCGUUCUUCGACAUGAUGCACUCCGGACCGCACAAGCUGAUGCUAUUCGGGGCGGCCUGCACCCACGUGACGGACCCGAUCGCCAAGGCCAGCAAGCACUGGCAUCUGACGCAGCUGUCCUACGCCGAUACGCAUCCGAUGUUCACCAAGGAUGCGUUUCCAAACUUUUUCCGCGUGGUGCCGUCGGAAAAUGCGUUCAAUGCACCCCGGUUGGCGCUGCUCAAGGAGUUUAACUGGACGCGCAUCGGCACCAUCUACCAGAACGAGCCGCGGUUCUCCCUGCCACACAAUCACAUGGUGGCCGACCUGGACGCGAUGGGACUGGAUGUGGUUGAGACGCAGAGCUUCGUGUACGAUGUGGAAGAGUCGCUUCGCAAGCUGCGCGAGAAGGAUGUCCGCAUCAUCUACGGCAACUUCAACGAGUUUUGGGCGCGCCGGGUCUUCUGCGAAGCGUUCAAGCUGGACAUGUUCGGGCGCUCGUACCAGUGGCUCGUUAUGGGCACGUACGGGAACGAGUGGUGGGCAGAGAACGAUACCGACUGCUCCGUGGAGCAUGUCUCGACAGCACUCGAGUCAACGAUACUGGUGGACCUGUUACCACUGUCCACCAGCGGGGACAUCACCAUUUCCGGCAUUACGCCCGACGAGUAUCUGACCGAGUACAACAGCCGUCGUGGUGGCGAAUAUUCGCGCUUUCACGGCUACACUUACGACGGCAUCUGGGCCGUUGCCAGCGCCAUUCAAUACGUGUCCCAGCGUAAGGAACACUCCCUGACACACUUCGAGUAUCGCGUGAAGAAUUGGGAGGACAUAUUUUUAGAAGCUCUCAAGAACACCAGUUUCGAGGGAGUUACGGGACCGGUGAGGUUCUACAACAACGAACGGAAAGCCAGCUUUCUGCUGAAACAGUUUCAGAACGGCGCGGAGGUGAAGAUUGGGGAGUACAGUUCACUCACCGGGCGGCUGGAUCUUAGUUUGGGCCAUCCGAUGAAAUGGGUCGGUCGAAGCCCACCGAAGGACCGUACAUUGCGCAUCAUAGAGCACAGUCAGGUGAACAUUACCAUCUUUGUCGUGCUGGCAAGCACCUCUUGCGUGGGCAUCAUCAUGGCGACCGUGUUUCUCGCCGUCAACAUCAAGUUCCGCAACCAAAGGUACAUAAAGAUGUCCAGUCCACACCUGAACAACCUAAUCAUCAUCGGUUGCAUCCUCACAUACCUGAGCGUAAUAUUUCUCGGGCUCGACAGCGGGCUGAGCAGUGUGGCUGCUUUCCCGUACAUCUGCACGGCAAGGGCCUGGCUGCUGAUGGCCGGUUUCAGCUUGGCGUUCGGCGCCAUGUUCUCCAAAACGUGGCGCGUCCACUCCAUCUUCACCGACUUGAAGCUGAACAAGAAGGUGAUUAAGGAUUACCAGCUGUUCAUCGUGGUCGGUGUGCUGCUUGCGAUCGACCUGGCGAUCAUGACAACCUGGCAGAUAGCGGACCCGUUUUAUCGCGAAACGAAAUACAUCGAACCCUCGGAACAUCCGACGCUCGAGGACGUGAUCAUCGUGCAGGAGAACGAAUACUGCCAGUCGAGCAAAAUGACCAUCUUUAUCGGGGUCAUCUACGCGUACAAAGGACUGCUGCUAAUCUUCGGUGCCUUUCUUGCCUGGGAAACCCGCCACGUGUCCAUACCGGCACUGAACGACUCCAAGCACGUCGGUCUGUCCGUGUACAACUGUGUGAUCAUGUGCGUCAUGGGGGCGGCCAUCGCGCUCGUGCUGUCCGACCGCAAGGACGCCAUGUUCAUACUGAUAUCAGUGUUCAUCAUUUUCUGCACGACCGCCACACUUUGUCUGGUGUUUGUGCCAAAGCUGGUGGAGCUGAAGCGUAACCCGAGCGGGGUGGUCGAUAAAAAGGUACGUGCCACGUUGCGUCCCGUAUCGAAGAACCGGCGCGAUUCGUCGGUCUGCGAGCUGGAGCAGCGAAUGCGCGACGUUAAGCAGACCAACUGCCGCUUCCGGAAGGUGUUGAUGGAGAAGGAGGCGGAGCUGCAGGCCCUCAUCAAGCGGCUCGGGCCGGAAGCGCGUGCCUGGAUUGGGCUGGAAGCGUCCUCGUCCGAGCCGGACAUUAACAAGGAAUCGGUGAAGGUGCAGGUUAAAAAGGAUUACGCCAGUGGAACCGACUUCACCUCCAUCGGUAGCGUAGGCUCCAGCAAUGACACACUGGAUUCAGCCGGACCCGAAAGUCGAAAGCAAAAGAAAACGACCCUGAUCCUGCCCGGAGAGGAGUUACCGUCGGGCACGGUCGCAUCGUCUGGAUCGCGUGCCAACCUGGCGACGGCGAUUACAACGCUGGCAGUCGGUGCCGGAGCUGGGGUUGCCUCGAUUGCGGCGGCAACGACCGCCGCAGUCGGACAGGUGCAAUCCAAUCAGGCUACGCAGGCUACCAACACCGUGCACAACAAUGCAGCAGCAGCAGUGGCAGCAGCACAACCGGCCACCGGUGCAAUAAAUAAUGCCAAGUCGACCCAGGCCACCGCAGCCCAGACCAUCAACGUCAGUACGAGCGUACCGGUCGAUCCGAGCAAACCUAUGUUCAACGAUGUCCGGCGGGAGUCAUUGUCGGCUGCCAGCGCAAAGUGGUCACCAGGACAGUCGCUGCAUCAAACGCAACAGCAAACGCAAACAGUGGAACAGCAUCCUCGGUACUACGAGGACGAGCGCGCGACGAACGGGCCGAUGUCGGUCGGAUCGAAGUUUAGCACGCAGGCGAACAGCAGUUCCACGACCUCAAUCACACAUUCCAACACGGAACUGAAUCAAUUGUGCCAUCACUCGAAAGCGAGUAGCAAGAGUAGAGGAGACAUGAGUAGCGAUGGAUCGAGACGCGUCAGUGUGCAGAUGUCCUCCUCGCUGAAAGGCAACUUUGUCGUUUCUCAAAGUGACCUCUGGGACACGCACACGUUGUCUCAUGCGAAGCAACAUCAGCGACAAUCGCCCCGCUCACAUCAGGGCUCGAACCGCUGCCCAGACCAUGGUCAUCUUAAUCAAACCCAACAGCAACAGCAGCAGCAGCAACAGCCUCAGCAACUGCACGCUCAGCAGCAAUACGACUAUGACAAUAGUGCAACCACCUCCCCCGGGCCGAUCCAGCGAAGCGUUUCCGAAAAGAACCGCACCAAACAUCGGCAUAAACAGCAGCACAAGAGCACGGCUUGCCAGAGCGAAACCGACAGCGAACGGGAACAGCGUGAUUAUCAACCGUUCUCGUCAUCCAUUUGCUCCAUGGCUGCCAGCUCGACGGCGACUGUCUCAAUGGUGGGCAGUACGGCCGGUGCGGCAAGUGUCAGUGCCGGUGGGUACGUUACUCCCACCAAGAUGUCGUCACGAAGGCUGACAAAGUCACAGCACUCGCACCACCAUUCGACGCCCAACGUGGCACCGGGCGUGGAGCGGGCAGGCACGAUGGACCGUAAGCACCGGUCGAGCGAUUCGCGCGGGACGGCCGACGGAAGUACGGGCGGCAAUGCGGGCGGUGGCCACAUAAGCAAGCAUCGAAAGAAGGAAGGUUCCGCGUCAAAGCCGAACCUGUACGGUGCGUGCUCCGAAUCGGAGCUGCUCGAUGGCGAGACGGCCAUCCUGCCCAUCUUCCGCAAGCUGCUAAACGAGAAGGAGUCUAGGUAUCGAGCUAGAAAUAUGGUAGGCGCCAGUUGCCCUAAUAUAUCGAUUAAAUGUGAUAUUGUUGAGUAUUUGUAAACUUACCAAACCCAACGUGCAUCAUAAAACGCUCCUCGCGUCAACUGGCAUGGCAUGUCCGCGAGUUCCGCUUUCGUGAUGGGAUUUGUGCCGUGAAACUCAGCUAAGCCGUGGCACAGUACUUUGCGUAUUCGCUCUGGCAGAGUGCCACUAGAGCGGUACAGUGCCGAGAGGUACUUUCAUAUUACCCGGGUCCGUGAUCCGCAUACGAACGUUCAUGUUGAAAGGAAAUAGCAAAGCAAGCGGAUUGUGUCUUGACUAUUGGUUGCUCUGCAGCAACGGUGCUGCUGGGAAAGGAUGGGUGGGGAUUUGGUUUAAAUCGUAGUUACCUGUGCAAAUGUUUCGUUUUGUUCCGUUCGAUUCUUUGUCACUAAUUGUUGUUAGUGUACCUUCACUGGAAGUGGAUGAUGGGAACUGUGUAAUUCAUAUUUGAAAUAUAUUACGAAGGUGAAGGUGUAUGAAUUAUAGCAGUUUCCUAAAAAUUUGGCAAAACACAUUGCCCGAAACCUCCACCCGUUGAUUCUUGAAAGCAGGUGAAAUUUCAUAUAGGUAUGGAAGCGAAACGAUUAGAGUUACAUUUCCCAUAUGCGUAAUAGAGUGCCUCUAACGGAUAUCUGGACACCUUGAAAUCGAACAUUGGUUUGCAUUUGAGGCUGACUUUCUUGCCCAAGGGCUAGACAAUCAUGGAUAAUCGUUUUCCUUAUAAUUUAGACAAUUCUAAAGCUGGUAAAAGCGUUGGAUACACAAUCCACUUGUACAAUGGAUACAGAAAUCCACUUUGAAUUCCCCAAACUUUGGAAAAUAGACAGCAAUCAAAUCUCUUCAUUCAAAAUUAAGCUAUGAAACGGAGAUUGCUCGUUGAAUAGAUAGCACUAAAACUUUCUAUUAUUCUUUGGGACUCUUUAUAGUUAGAACAAGAAUCAUAUUAUUGCCAUUGUCAUAAUCCUGAACAUAAAAUUCUGAAUUAUGUUUCUAAGUAGUGCUCUACAUCCGAUUACUAAAAGAUUGUCUGAAAGAAGCAGACAUUUUCCAGCAGAUUAAAGUUGUUGUUUGGUGAUGUUUUGUUCAUAUUACACAAAACAAAACUCGGUGCAUCAAUACAUUAAUUCACAUCUACAAGUGUAGUCUAGAGAUAUUGGUGAAAUCUCUGGACCUUAUGUUUUAUUAGAAACAUGAUCCUGUCCACAUGUCCCGAUCACCAUACAUGUGACUCCAGACAUCAAUUCUAAUAUCUGUAUUGCUUUGUUCAUCUUGAGGAUGGUCGAUCAGUUUGUUUGCGGCUAAUUAGUAAGAAGGAAUGAACAUUAGGCGUUGGAGAAAAAGAUUCCUCAUUGUGCUACCCUUGGCGAAACAAGUCGUCCUCAAAAUCGCGCAAAUUGAACGACUUCAAGUUGUCCGAAUGUCCGUUUGGAGUCUUGGAAAAGUUUCUGGAGGUUGUUUGUAAGAAAGAGGUUUUUAUUCGUGAAACUGUCGAGACGCAAAGAAAUACUAGCGCAAGCUCUCUAGACAAGGAAUGACAUGUAAAGUAACACGUAAUACAGACAACACACGCGUACUAGUAAUAAUAAUAAUGAAACAAAAUGUUUAGGAUAGAUUGUUUUGAUAAUUGUGACUGUUAGCAAUUUAACCCUUGUGCAAGGAUGUUUAGGAUAGUACGAUCGUUAGAAUGCGGGACAGAGGAAGCAACACAAUGCAACGAGCCAACUCAAUGGCAAGACUUUGUCCAUUGCAUUAUUGUAAAAAAACAAAACAGAAACCGAAAUCCGUGUAUACAAUUUCAAAUACAAGUGCAACGCGGAAGGAACCCACGGUUGAUAGGAAAACACGCGUUUUUACACGUUUUUGAUACUCAAAAGUGUUUUUGUUACAGUUAACUGUAGACGGUUACAGUCCAGGUGAAAGACAAAAAAGUGUGCAAUGAAUCCAAGUUGAAUUUGUUCAUUUAUGUGAAAGCAUACAAUGACGCUAGAUUUAAAAACAAUUAGUGCUUGCCAACCGGCUUACGGGCUGGUGGUAAGUUAGGAAGGUUAGACGGUUGGACAGGUUGUUCCCUGUCAGCAGUCAGCGUAUAGGGCAUAUAGGUAAUGGUAGGAUAGGAACCCGUGUGGUUCUUCUAGCAUGUAAUUAUUGUAACAAGCUAUUCUUUCAACAUACACGAUGCUGCCUGCGCGCGUUUAGAAUGGUUCCACACGCAUCUGAAUGUUACGUUUGUGUUUUCAGUUCUUUGGCAUACUGCUGCUACUACUACUACGUGUUGUUAAACGAUGUUUUUAGAUGAACAAGAUUUCAAACUCUCAUUUCCGCAGUUCAACGAUCUCCAUAUCGAAUCGAUGUUUAAGGCUAAUGGUACAUUUUCGACAACUUAGAAACUUAGAGGCAGCUGAACGAAUUAAAUGGUACAUGAGGCGCCCCGUUCCUGGUACAGCAGGCUUGGCCAGGUGACGCUCAACCUCGAUAGGACGUAAGACAAAUCAAUUGGGCAGGGGGGAGAGAGCGUGCAGAUCACUUGCAGAUCCAAUGUGCAUGCACGAUUAGUUUAAGCGAGGAAUGACCCCCCAAACAGCAUUAGUGUAGGGUGAAGGUUGAAAGCUACACGAAAAACUAGUCAAUACAUCUGUGCAAACUAAACGAUUAUAUCAAUCAAUCCAGACUGUGUUCGUUCAGAGCGUUCAUUACUUAUAGACCCGGAUGGCUAUUGUGAAACCGAAGAAGAAGAAAAAAACCGUAUUGCCCCUCCUGUAAUGUUAGGCGCAAUACUACAUGAAAUGUUUCUCAGAAGGUGUGACUUUCUAGCUAGUAAGGGGUAAAAAUAGAACAAAGCGACAACAAAACAAUGAAAACAAAAUUGAUGAAAUAAGUACAAUCGUCUUCCUACUACACCUACACAUACACACACAAUCACUCGCAGCAGACAAACACCAUGGGCAUACUUUUGCGUUUACUUAAACUCACUUUACUAACACCACACACACUUGCUCACACUUUAUAUCGCUCACAUUCUUUCACAUACUUUUGCACAUUUAAAAGGAAAAAGAGAACAUGCAGCAUGAAAUGUUCCAAAACGUGAAUUCAAAGUUGAAAGUGUUCUUCUGCAAGGAGUACAAAUUAGUUCGUAGCGUGUCUAUGUCGGACGUUUACUAAGUCAGCAGUUCUGUCAGUUUGAACUGUCACUGACAGGUUUUCUUUUACACUACUUUUUUUUACUACUAUCAUUUCUAGUAAAAACCCACUUUAAUAGGAUAGGCUCGAGUAAGUGAUACUGAUUGUUGUGCUAUCGACAAAAAUGCGAAAUUGGGAAAACCAUAUGGAAAAUUUUGCAUUUUUAUUUUUAUCAAGUAACUAAUAAUUUAUUUAUUGAACACAUUAAUUUAUUUCUUGUUGAUAGCAUUUCCAACUGACUGCAAAGCAUAAAAGUCAAUUUGCCUGGAACAGCGUACAACUUUGGCAUUAUUAUUUUAAAUUACAUUUCUUUGCUUUUAAAACUGCUUUGUUGUUGUUUACUUAAAAUCAUUCAGCUUUAUCUUGAUACUCCUUUUGUUACUGAUGAUUACUUUUGUUACCUUUACUUACUUUUGUUACUUUUGAUACUCCAGUUCAAUAAAAAAGCAAUAUUUUUUAAACAAAUUAUUAUUAGAUGUGUGUCGAUCUUAAAUGCUCUUAUUUGGAAAUUUUUAAUCAGCAGUUUCGUCAUGAUUGCGGUUUUUUAUGAAAACGCUGCUCUAACUCAUCGUUUUUAAGUGGAAAGAUAUGGUGACAGCAGCCAUGAUGUAGCCGAAGCAACAUUUUAAAAGUGACCAUAUUAAACAUCACAAAAGUAUCGGAAUAGAAAACUAAAGGAAAUCAAGAAACCAUUUCCCAUCUUUUAUUGAAAAAUCCCAAAUUGGAAAUUGAUUCCCAAAUGAGUUAUAGCCAACAGGCGUCAAACUUGUGAGCAAUUUCUCCAACGGCAUGAACGAAACGAUUUUCUGCUGCGAUUUGUGUCUGGCGAUGAAAAAUGGCUCCAUUGAGAUAACCUAAAACGUCGGGCAACUUCUUCUUCUUAUUUGGCUUAAAGACCUCUUAGGUCAUGCCUGCCAUUUAUGACUUGCAUGACUUAGUGAUGCCACAUAGUUGGAUAGUCAGUCUCACUACGGGAGAAAGGAACGGAUGGGAUUUGAGCCCCAGUCCUGCCGUAUGAGGACCGGUGCCGUUCUCGCCUAUGCUACCGGACCUCCUCUUCGGGCAACUCAACUUGUGUAGUUGGUGUGAUCUGUAAAAUGUGGUCUUUUCAAUGAGCUGCUACAGGCAAAAGUUAAGGAAAUAGAGAGCGGUUGAGAUAAGCAUUGCAAGAAAAAAGCCACAUUACCCACCCAGGAAAGAUAAAAGCUUUCUGUAGAGGUCGGUGUAUUAAGACUUUGCACUAAAAAUGUAUUUGAAAGCAUUGUAGUUUUUGGAAAGUGUUUCCCAAAUACGCAGAGAACUAAUUUGUACUCCUGACAUUUUCGAAAGAUAACCAUACACACUCACACACUCAUUGCACUCACACUAAAAUCGUACGCAACUUUCACAUCAAAUUAAUCGUAAUUCAAUUUCAUUUCCAUUCGGUCUUUCUAACUUUCUCGGUGGAUAGUUCUUAUUAACGACUCGAUUGAAGUGAGUUAAGAAUGUCUUAAUAAAGCAAACGAAUCAAGCGCGCAGCAAAUGUUUGGAAAUGAGUGAUGCUUCAGGUACAAACAAAAAAAGAUUCGAUACGAAAUUGAUGCACAGAAGAAGCGGUACAUUCAAGUUUGGAAGUGCAAUAUGGGAAAAUUGCAACAAGAAAUGGGGGAAAAUAUAAAUAAAAAACUCUUAGUUUAUACACAAGCCCACAGCACAAUGAGUAUGGAGGCGAAUAUUGACAGCAGGAGUAGGUAAAUUAAUAUGUUGCUAGAGCAGCAAGCAAGCACAAUGGCAGACACGAUGAAGGAUGGCAAGUUUUGCGUAGCAAAACGUCUCUCUAUUGUUUUGCCUAACUAAAAACACUUUAUUCAUUUUAAUGUUCGCUUUAUAGAACAAUUACAUGCCAGUGCAAAACGUACAAGCAGAUGGAUCUUUUAUUUUCGAUUCAACGACGACGCGUGUUAAAAUGUGUUAAGAUUAAGUGAUUUGCCGGGUAUCGAAGCUGAAACUAUAAUACUGACGUUUAUCUUUAAGUCAAACUAAAAGCUAAACCGAACUGGACGUAACUCAAUAUACGAAAAACACUUGUUCAUCGAUAAUGUUCAGUUCUUGCUGUACGAAACGACCGUGUACAGUUGGGAGCUAAGACGUGACGUUGUUUGGCUGCACUAGAAACGGUAGGCGCAACGAAAACCCUCUACUCUGAAGCGUAGAAAAAGCAGCAAAAGGAUGCAAUGGUUAGGUAGGAAAACACAACCCGCUGAGACACUCAUGACACCGAACAAUUCACCACAAACCGAACGAAUGUUUUAGUGUAAGUUUGGGAGAUCCUAGAUCAAUUAAAAGGCUAGUUGCUAAACCUAGAGACGCAAAUUCUUUGGGGCAUUCUCGUUGAAAACUCGUCUACUGGGGGUAGCGUGCGUGUGCCUGGUUGCCUCGCGCUGAUUCCCUGGCGCGAGUGUGUACACAUUAUUGUAAUCUAUGUUGAAGGACGAACGAACCGAUCAAUUCCGUGUAGAAAGAAAAAAAAGACAAACGAUAAGAAAAACCUACCUACCAAAUACGAACUUUGUUUAGUAGAUCGGAAAAAGCUCAAAAUGAAAAGUAACUGAUAAGAAGUAGCGUAUAGAAGGUUUUACUGUUUAAGUUUACACGUGCUACAUCAAUUGGACGAUAGUUUGAUUCGUUGUUUCUAUCUGUUUAGUUGACAAAAAGUACGAAAAUUGCGCCUAUGUUAAUAUGCGAAGAAUAGAGGAAACCACCUUCUAGCAAGAAAAAAAUCCAUUACGAAUAGCACCGGGAAACGAACAGAGUGCGAUAGGAAGAUUAAAAAAUUAGCCGAAAUAGCCACCACAGAGUGAGCGCUAUGUCAGCAAUUAAUAAUUUAAUUAACACAAUUCCACACGCAUACAGACGGAUGUACGUACACGAAAUCAGCCAAAACAAACUUCAAUCAUUCAACCAUGGUACAUGGGCAACAGCAAACUAGGCAGUGGUAGGAUAUUUUGUUAGAAAAAGUACACUUUAACACACAUACAAACACGUACAGACACACACACUACUGCAUCUACUCUCAUACCAAAAAAGUAUUUAGAUGAUUAGCAUAGAACAGGAUAGCAAGCAAACUCCCACGGAUGGAGCAUAACUGGGGAGGAAAAAAUCAUGUACUUUUAAAAUGGACAAAGGACUAGACAUGCCAAUCAGGUGAAUUGGUUUGCAAAUGAUCAGAAAUUAAUAAAACGAGCAAAAUCAUUUUAAA